AUGCCUCCUUCGAACCUCUUCCACCGCCUCUCCAGCGAGCUCGGCAUUACAACCCUCAUGAACUCGUCCAACGAUGUCCACCUCCUUCUCAUCACCCGCUUCAUUCGCAUGUUCGCCUACGGCUCCUCUACUCUGAUUCUAGCCCUCUUCUUCGCCGCACUAGGACACUCCGACACCAAGGUCGGGCUGUUCAUGACCCUGACAUUAAUCGGAGAUGUUCUAAUCAGCCUAGGCCUGACACUGGUCGCAGACCCCCUUGGUCGACGCAAAAUUCUGCUUCUGGGAGCGCUGCUCAUGGUUCUGUCAGGUAUCGUGUUUGCGAAUGUAUCAAACUACUGGAUCCUGCUGUUCGCUGCUGUGGUAGGGGUGAUUAGUCCAAGUGGGAAUGAGAUUGGUCCUUUUCGAGCGGGGGAGGAGUCGACGCUGGCACAUCUCACCGAGGCGAAGACGAGGUCUGAUAUUUUUGCACUUUAUGUCGUGGCUGGUACUCUGGGAACUGCGGGUGGGAGCCUGACGUCUGGAUGGGUCACGCAGGAGUUGCAGGCCCAUGGGUGGGGCGUGACCUCGUCGUUUCGAUUCAUCUUCUGGAUGUAUGCCCUUGUUGGAGCGGCGAAAGCCGGGAUGACUUUGUUGUUGAGUGACAAGUGCGAGGUGCAGUCUGGGCCAGCUCCAGAGGUCGUGCAGAUGCGGAGACAGGAUCCAGAGGAGGAUUCUGGAGAGCGGGAGCCGUUUCUUGAUGAUGCAGAUGCAGAUGGUGAAGAAGAGGUCGCAAGGCCGGCAUCUGUGACGCCGAAGAAGUGGUUCAAUCUGUCAAAGAGGUCGCAGACUAUGCUCGCUAAGCUAUGUGGUCUAUUCUUCUUCGACUCAUUAGCAAGUGGCAUGGUUCCCGCCUCUCUGGUGGCAUACUUCAUCUCACGUAGAUUCGGCAUGGAGGAGGGUACGCUGGGCACAAUUAUGGCCAGCGCUCAGUUCGUAUCAAGUAUCGGCAAUAUGUUCGCCAGCUCCGUGGCGAAACGUAUUGGGCUAGUCCGUACCAGUCAGUCGUCCACAGCACACGAUAAAUGGGGCAGUCAUGCUGACAACCGACAACAGUGGUCUUUACUCAUCUACCGAGUGCUAUCUUUCUCGCCCUACUGCCAGCGCCGUCGUCUCUAUUCAUGA